GUUGUGGACUUCUUUCGAGAGUAAACGGCUGAAAGAAUGCGUCCCCUUCUUCGUGCAGCACCACUUGAAACGGCGUUUUUCGAAGCCAACGCCGAUCCAGGCAAUCUCGUGGCCGAUUCUGAUCACUGGUUCUGCUGCUUCAUCAAGUACUACAUCAACUGGAAGCAGUACCGCAAGUCUGAACUUUAUCGGAGUAGCCCCGACCGG